AUGGAUAUUAAUUGCAUUUUAGAAUCACAAAAUCCACAAAUUCAACAACAACAAAAGACUUAUAAACGUGUCCAAUGGAAUGAUUCAGGCACUAAAGCACUACUUACUUUUCUUGAAAAUAAUAAAGAGCUUGAAAAAUUAAAAACAACUUGUGGUUCAGGAUCUAAACCAAAUGUACCUUUUUGGUUGAAUGCUUCUGCAUAUUUGGCUACUUUGUAUCAUUUUUAUAACGAU